GAUUGUUGUUAGGACACACUAUUGAAUGUGUCACACCUGAUGGCUGAAGUUCACUGUUUUGGACAAAUUUUAAGUGGACACGGAUUUCCAGAGAAAGACUUAUUCUGUAAAUGGGGUCUUAAAUUCGGUGGUGCUUGGAGAUUAAUUGAAGGCACGAGCGAAGGAGAAACCCAAGUUGACUGCCCAGUAGUCGGUGAAAAGGCUUAUUUUUGUCAUCCCAUAGAUCUACAUUUUGCAACCAAAGGCUUGCAAGGUUGGCCAAAACUACACUUCCAAGUAUGGCAUCAUGACUGGGUCGGGAAAAAUGAGCUAUUCGGAUAUGGAUUUUGCCAUAUUCCAACAUCUCCUGGUAAUCAUGAGGUAACGGUUCCUACAUGGAGACCUGUUGGCUCAGUUCUGGAUACUCUAACAUCAAGGCUAGUUGGCGGCGGUCCUCAUCUUCGUAGACCAGAUAUUGUCUACGAUCCAACUGACAGAUUCCUCCUCCAGACUGAGAGUAUGGGUUAUUUGACACUGAAUUUAAAUGUUAUUCUGAGAAAUUUCGAUAAAUUUGGCGUGGAAAUGUGAACAAUAUGUUACAAAAACCAUUGUGCUCUACCUAAUAUCCUAAAAUACCGCCCACCACUUGAAAGCUUCCUUGUAUAUAUAACUUCUUUAGAAUUCAAAGGCAUUUAUAUCAAAUAUUUUGUUAGUUUUUGACAAUUCUGAUAAUAAAAUGACUCUUUCAG